AUGUGCCUAUGGAUCGAUACUAUCCCAGGGGCACUCUGUAACACAGAAGAAGGGCUUCCUAUAAAGGAGACAUGGCUUAAUAGGUGGGACACUGUAUUAAUUUCUCCUGUUUACAACUGCAAACUGAGUAGUCCUCUUCCAAUUGUUCACAAGUAUUAUCAGCCAGGAGACUUGAUCAUUGCUGCCAUUAUUUAUCAGGUCUUCUUUCUUUCAAACGAGAUCACUUUUGAACGCUUCCCCUCUCGUGAAGUGCUUGAUCAGUAUCUGUUCCUCACUCAUAAUUAUCAACAUGCUUUGGCUUUGGCAUUUGCUGUAAAGGAGAUCAAUGAACAUUUUGAUAUUUUACCCAACGUUAGCCUUGGUUUCCAUAUCGCUACCAAUUAUCUUGAGGAAUACACAACUUCUCUUUUAGCAAUGGAAUUUCUAUCUACAAAAGAUAAAUUUAUCCCCAACUACAAAAGUAAUGACCAGACCAAUACGGUAGCUGUCAUUGGAGGACCCCAGACUAAAACCUGUCUCAACAUGGCAACCAGUCUAUGCAACUACAAAUUUCCCCAGAUUACUUAUGGAUCAGCUCCUUUGAUGAAUAAUGACCAAGAAGGAAUUUUUGUCAAAUGGAUGUUCCCUGAUGAGAUCCACCAACUUAAAGGAGUGCUACAUUUACUCUUGCAUUUUGGAUGGACGUGGGUAGGGUUGAUUUCUCUGUUUGAGGAAGAUAGGGAGCGAUUUGUUCAGAAGAGUCUUUCCAUGUUUUCAGAGAAAGGAAUCUGCUUUGACUUUAUAGAAUGUUUACCCCAAAUGAUGUAUGGCAGUGCAGCUGCUGAAAUGGUGGAGAAAGCAGAUAAAAUAUAUAGAGUGAUCAUGGAGAGUACAGUCAUUGCAGUCAUCUUCAAUGCUGAAAUUACAAGCAUAGUGACAUUGAGGAUGAUGCUCUCUGGUUUAGAUUCGGAUGAUAUUCCAAAGGAGAGAAAAGCCAAAGUUUGGAUCAUGACAGCUCAAAUGGAAUUCACCUCUAUUCUGAUGCAAAGACCAUUGCCCAUUGAUUUUUUCCAUGGUGCAAUUUCCUUUGCACUUCACUCAAAGGAGUUAAGAGGAUUCCAACAUUUUACGCAGGAGAAAAACCCAAAUUUUGAAAAAGAUGAUGGUUUUAUUAGGGAUUUCUGGAAAGAUGCAUUUGAAUGUUCAUUCUCUAGUGAUGUUACAGAUGAGAAUGCUGAAAGGAUCUGCACUGGAAAAGAGAAGCUGGAGACUCUUCCUAAUACUGUCUUUGAGACCACCAUAGGUGGACAUAGUUACAGCAUUUACAAUGCAGUCUACGCUGUGGCUCAUGCUCUUAGGGCCUUGCAUGCCUACAAGCUCAAGUGGAGUCGAAAAAUGAAUAAGUGGACCUCAAAGUACUUCUUUCAAUCACCAUGGCAGACGUUGCCUCUUUCCAUCUGUAAUGGGAAAUGUCCUUUGGGCUACAGCAAGGUAAAAAUAGAAGGGAAAUUAUCCUGCUGCUACCACUGUAGACAGUGCCCAGAAGGGAAGAUAGCUGACCAAAUAGAUAUAGAUGACUGUUCUCCAUGUCCUGAAGAUCAAUACCCAAAUCACAACAAGGAUUUAUGUCUCCCCAAAGUGAUAACAUUCUUAUCAUAUGAAGAACCACUGGGGAUGAGUUUGACUAUCGGUGCUCUGUCUUGUUCUGCUACCACAAUUUUACUGCUCCAGAUAUUCAUUAAACACAGGGACACUCCCAUUGUCAAAGCCAAUAACAGGAACCUCACCUACACUAUCCUCAUCUUCCUUCUACUCUCUUUCCUUUGUGUUUUGUUAUUUAUUGGGAGACCAAAUGAAGUUGUGUGCAUUCUUCGACAACCAGCUUUUGGCAUUAUCUUCUCGGUGGCAGUUUCCUGUUUAUUAGCCAAAACCAUUGUGGUUGUCCUAGCAUUCAUGGCCACCAAGCCUGGGUCCAAAAUGAGGAGAUGUGUGGGGAAAAGAAUGGUGAGGUCCAUUGUACUUUCCUGCUCUCUUAUUCAAGUCAUCAUUUGUGCCUCAUGGCUGAUGACAUUCCCACCAUACCCAGAUUAUGACAAGCGUUCAAUCUCUCAAGAAAUCAUAUUAGAAUGCAAUGAAGGAUCGGUGACCAUGUUUUAUUGUGUCUUGGGUUUUAUGGGCUUUUUGGCUAUUAUCAGCUUCUCUACAGCUUUUCUAGCCAGGAAAUUACCUGACAGCUUCAAUGAAGCAAAAUUCAUCACCUUCAGCAUGUUUAUCUUCUGCAGUGUUUGGUUAUCUUUUGUUCCAAGCUACUUGAGUACCAAAGGAAAAUAUAUGGUGGCUGUGGAGAUCUUCUCCAUCUUAUCUUCCAGUGCUGGCUUGUUGGGUUGUAUCUUUGCCCCCAAGUGCUUUAUCAUCCUAUUCAGACCUGAACUAAACAACAAGCAUUUGCUCAUGAAGAGAUAA